AUGGGAAAGAAAGCAACAAAAGCAACGAAGAAGUUCGCUUCCAGUGGCAAGCUAAAAAAGACGAUCCAAGCCCGACAUAAAGCCCAACAGAUCAAAAAGAAGUUCGAGAAACGGAGAGGAAACAAGGGAAAAGAACGUUUGGUCGAAGAGGAUGCGGAGGGUGAUGAUGUAGAACAGGAGAAGGAAGCGCCGAAAGCAGGAAAGGGGUCGAAGCGAAUGACCGUAGAUGACUUUCUGAAAGGCGACUUCAUGGAUGGAAGCGACGACGAGUAUAUGGAAGGUGACGACCCGGCGGCCUCCGAAGACGAGGAUCUGGACCACGAGGACGAAGAGGAUAUUGAAGACGAUGACGCGGCGUCUUUCGCGUCUGUGGACGACCUAGAUGAGGAGGGCCAAAAUCAUCUACUUGAACUCUCAAAACUCGCCGAGAAAGACCCCGAAUUCUACAAGUACCUCCAAGAGAACGAUGAAGAGCUCUUGAAUUUCAACAUGAGCGCGCUACCAGGAGACGAUUCAUCAGAAGAGGGAGACGAAGACGGUGAUGUUGUCAUGGAAGAAGAGGAAAAAACGCCUGUGUUGACGAAGGAGAUCCUUCGGAGUUGGCAGAGGCCUCUGCUGCAGCAACACUCUUUGCGAGCCCUUAGAAAACUGUUGCUUGCUUUCCGGUCUGCUGCUCACAUGAAUGAGGACGACCAAGUGCUUGCCUGGAGUAUCGACAGCGCUUCUGUGUACAACAAGCUUAUCACCACGUCGCUUCGAUAUACACCUGUAGUGUUGGAACACCACCUGCCGUACAAAAUUCUGGCGAACGGGAAAUUCAAGCCUCCAACCCAAACGCCAAAAUUCAAGACCCUACAGAAACUCAUCCUUUCCUACUUCCAUAACGUCACUCAUAUCCUUUCGCAGCUAACGGAUGAGGAUAUGCUCCGCCUUGCCCUCACAGAGAGUUCCAAAAUUGUUCCCUAUAUCAUUACCAGCCGCAAAUCUGUCAAAACGUACCUGAAGAAAUGUCUGGAUUUGUGGUCGAGUGCGGCGGAUAGCAUACGGUUAUCUGCAUUCUUUUCCGUUCGCAGACUUGCAUCUGCUUCGGACGAAUCGAUCCUGGACACGAUUCUCAAGUCGACGUAUCUAACCUUGAUCCGCUCCUCGAAAUCUACCAGCGCCCAUACCCUCCCAUCUAUCAACCUCAUGAAAAAUUCGGCUUCAGAUGUCUUUUGCAUUGACCAUGCCACCGCGUAUCAGCAUGCAUUUGGGUACAUUAGGCAACUAGCUAUUCAUUUGCGGAAUAGCAUGAAAAUCAAAACUAAGGAGGCUUACAAACAAGUCUACAACUGGCAAUUCGUUCAUUGUGUUGACUUUUGGUGCAUCGUCCUAGCACGGGCGUGUGACGUUGAAGCAGAGGCGGCAAGUGGCAAAGAGAGCGAGUUGAGGCCCCUUAUCUAUCCAUUGGUGCAAGUGGCUCUAGGUGCUAUCAAGCUUGUACCCAAUAGCCGAUCACAUCCCUUCCAUCUCCAAAUUCUCCGGUCAUUGCUCAACCUCACAAAACAUACGCAGACAUACGUUCCCAUCUCCCCCUACCUUGUUCCCAUCCUCGCCUCGUGUUUAGCUCCAUCUUCGCGGCCGAAAUCCUCCACACUGCGGCCGCUGGACUUCGACGUCCAGAUCCGCGUCCCACAACAAUACGUGAAGACGCGUGUGCUCGCGGAAGGCUUGACGGAAGAAGCCGUGUUCCUGCUAGCUGAGUGGCUCGGCAGCACCCCAGUGCAUGGAAGCAUCGCGUUCUCUGAGAUUGUCGUACCCGUCGUGGUCGUCCUCCGAAAGAGCCUGAAGAAUGCGAAGAACGGAUCGAGCAAGGACCAGAGCCUCGUCAAGGUCUUCCUCGAGCGCGUCGACGAGAGCGCAAAGUGGAUGGACCAAAGACGCAAGUCUGUGCAGUUUGCGCCGUCAAAGAUAGACGAGGUGCAGGAAUGGGAAAAAGGGAUCAAGUCCAAGUUAGACGAGACGCCUCUCGGAAAGUACCUAAAGGUGCAGAGGAAGACCCGGGAAAAACGUCGCAAGCUCAUUGAGAAGGCCAGGGAAGGCAAGGACGAGAUCCUCGAGGAGGAGGAAGAGUGA